CUGGUAUUAGGAUGGCGUAUUUUUGAUGGUCAAUGGCGGCGACUGGAACACGUCGGCGGCGGCUCAGGGCGCUCCAUUAAAACGGUCGGAAGGGAUCCCGCGGCUUCGGGCCGGCACCAGCACUCGAGUCAUCGGCGGGAUUUGCACAGCGUUGAUAGUAUUUUGAGGUUCCAACUCGUCAGUACAAUCAUGGAAGAGCAGAAGUCUGCUUCAGAAGGGCCGCUGAUGGAACCAUACCAUUAUUUGCUUCAGCUACCAGGAAAACAAGUAAGAAGAAAACUUUCACAAGCAUUUAACCACUGGCUGAAUGUUCCAGAAGAUAAACUGCAGGUUAUCAUUGAAGUGACAGACAUGUUGCACAAUGCUAGUUUGCUUAUCGAUGACAUUGAAGAUAAUUCUAAGCUACGACGUGGCUUUCCAGUGGCACAUAGCAUCUAUGGCAUUCCAUCUGUCAUAAACUCUGCCAACUAUGUCUACUUUCUGGGUCUAGAGAAAGUAUUGACACUGGAUCACCCAGAAGCUGUAAAAGUCUUCACCCAGCAGCUGUUGGAGCUACAUCGUGGUCAAGGUUUGGAUAUACACUGGAGAGAUACAUAUAUCUGUCCAACAUUAGAAGAUUACAAGGCCAUGGUAUUGCAAAAGACUGGUGGACUCUUUGGUCUGGCUGUAGGCCUAAUGCAAUUGUUCUCUGAAAACAAAAAUGAUUUAAAAUCUCUUCUCAACACACUAGGACUUUUAUUUCAGAUUCGGGAUGAUUAUGCAAACCUGGACUCCAUAGAGUAUAGCGAGAAUAAGGGCUUCUGUGAAGAUUUGACUGAAGGGAAGUUUUCAUUCCCACUUAUUCACGCUAUCUGGGCUAAUCCAGAGUGCACGCAAGUGCAAAACAUUUUGCGUCAAAGGACUGAAAAUGUAGAUGUAAAGAAAUACUGUGUAAGCUAUCUUGAAAAGGUGGGCUCUUUUGAAUACACCCGAAAGAUACUAAAUGAGUUGGAAAUGCAAGCAUAUAAAAACAUUGAAGAACUUGGAGGUAAUCCACAGUUAGUUGCAAUAAUUGAACAACUCAGCAAAAUGUACAAACAAAGUUGAAGAUAGCCACCACUAUCUCAUUUUUCCUCACAAACCACACCUCAUUCAUUCACAGUACACAACAUUGCCUUCACUUUUAUUAAGGGCCCCAAACGAUCUUAUUUCUGCAGAACUCAUAACCUCAGUUCUAUCACAAACUACAACAGAAAGCUUAAUGAGUGCUUGCAAUUAGGGUUAAGUGAUGAAUGAGAAGACUAGCAUGAUCUUAGUCUAAUAGAAAGUUUGUUCGGUUCACCCAUAAAAUCAUGACAAAUAUUUUUUCUUUUGGUGCUGGUUCUAAUUUUUGGUUCUUAAUGGGACUCCUCAAUAGUGGAACCCAUUAGAAUUCCAAUCAACCCCAUGGGAACUCUACUCCUGAAAUAGAUCUAAGCAGAGUCCAAAUGGAUAGACACCAUGUACUUCCAUUUACCAUAAUGAUUCCCCAUGCAACUAAUCUAUUUGUUAAGGAAUCCUUUUCAAAGAUGUUAUAAUUUAGACUCCCAAUAUCACUAUCUUGGAUGACCCCAAGUUUAAAAUAUUACUCAAUUGUCCCAGUCCAAGGUAUAUUUCCUCUCCCAUUCUCUCACUGUUUCUCUUCAUGCCUAUUAGCAGUGCGCUGAUAUUCAGUGGGACCAUUUUGGAAUCCUUUAUCAUUGAAACAAAAGGGUCAUUUACAACAACAACAACAACCACAAGAUUGCAUUUAUAGAGCGCC